AUGGUCUGGGAUCGAGGCAAGGAGAGCGUCUCGCUGGACAUAUCAUCCGAGCAGGAUGUUUUCAGAAAGUUGGCGCUCAAUGCUGAUGUUCUCAUUGAGGACUUUGCGCCAAGUUCGGCUUACCAGAAGAUAGUGAACUAUGGCGAAUUGCGCCGUAUCAAUCCGCGACUUGUUCAUUGCUCCAUCACGGCAUACGGCAAGCAGGGACCGAUGCGGGACGAACCCGGCGACGAGCAUCUGGUCAUGGCCAGAAUGGGCAUACUUGCGUCACAGCCCGGCUUUCGUGAAGGACCGGUACAUGUGGUGCAUCCGGUCGUCAACCUGGGUACAGCGGUGCUGGCGGCGCAGGGAAUCACUUCCUCGCUAUACGCGCGGGAAAAGACCGGAUUUGGGCGCAAGGUGGAUACUUCGGUCAUGGCAGGCUCGCUGAUGUUCUCGCCAAAGAUCAUCGGGGAACGGCUUGAGCAGCGCCCGUUCCAGCUUACGACUGCGGGCGGCGGGCCAUUUUACAGCGUGUUUGAGUGCGCCGACGGCAACUGGAUUCAGAUUGGAUGUAUUCACGGCGGCUUCGUGGAUAUUGCCGCGACCGUGAUGGGCAUUGCCGACCUGCUUGCAGACCCACGCUACGGCGAUGGCAGGCGCCCGGAGAGCGAAGAGGCGCGUGCCGAACUUUUCGAUAUUGUGGCGAAUGUUCUCAAGACGAAGCCAUGUGCCGAGUGGGAGCGAAUCUUCGAGGAUGCGGAUGUGCCGUACGCGCGCGCAAGUUCGACGGACGAGUCUAUGGACAAUCCGCAGGUCAUCGCUAAUGACAUGUUGCUGCAAAUGAACGAUCCGAUUGUCGGCGAAGUUACGCAGAUGGGCAAUCCGAUUAAGUUCACGCAUACGCCCGGGGGAGAUUCGCGGCGCGCGGCCUUUGCGUGGGCAGCAUACCGACGCGGUGCUGUCAGAGAUAGCAGAUGUGGAACUGCCCGAGGCGCGCGAAUUGGAGCCGCGUGCUGA